GAUAGCGGCUCUAUCUUGCAGUCUGCAGUAGAUGUCCAGAUCACAUGCAAUACCGACUCCGAUAAGAUCAUAGGCUUCUACGUUGGUCCUCAGUUAGAGACCGUUUUAAACGACGCUUGUGCCGCCAUGAUGCUUCCUUGCGCCUACCAAAAUCACUUACCCAACGACACUUUUUGCCGGUUGGGAUGUACAAUUCAAGUAUCCAGCUUCUUGUUGAGGUCGUGCACAAGAAUUGAUCGCUUGUCACAGUUUUCGUCAUUCGAACGCAGCAAAAUGCAAAUGUCGGCUCUGAUGGCGUGUUCUGGACAGUCCAAGACUGAUGGAUAUUUUGCUUGCCUGCUUGAGAUUUGGGCGCCUGAAAAAUGUCAUUGUGAGGAAGGCUUUGGCGUGGUGAAUUUUAGUGUUGGCGGCGAGACCUCUUUGAAUGGAACAGUAUUUGACGUCUCAAUCGUUGCAGAGCAGGGAUUGAAGUUUUGA